AUAUAUGAUUGCUCUUCCGUCGCGUCCUUUCUCUUCUGGUCCUCUCUAUUUUUAGGAAUGAUGCAGCCUCCUCCGAUGGCGCCGCCGCCGAUGGAGCAGCAGCCGCAGCAGUGGAACAUGAUGCCGCCGCAGCCGCAGUACUACCAGGCCCCCCCUGCGCCGCCUAUGUGGAACCAGCAACCCUCCCAGGUUCCGCCGCCUGUCCCCCAGCUCGUGCCGCAGCCCCAGCCGCAGUAUCAGGCCCCGGCUCCGGUGCCGCCGCCCCAGAUGCAGUACCAGGUUCCGCCGCCCGCCCAGGCUCCGCCCAUGGCGCCACAGCCGGCGUCGUCUGAUGAGAUCCGUACGCUUUGGGUUGGCGAUCUGCAGUACUGGAUGGACGAGAACUAUCUGUACAGCUGCUUUGUGCAUACUGGGGAGGUAGUUUCAGUUAAGGUUAUCCGCAACAAGCAGACCGGGCAAUCAGAGGGUUAUGGUUUUAUUGAGUUUGUAUCACGUGUGGCUGCUGAUCGAAUUCUUCAAACAUAUAAUGGUCAAAUUAUGCCUAACUCUGAACAAGCUUUCAGAAUGAACUGGGCAACAUGUGGGGCAGGUGAGAAACAUGGUGAUGGUGCUGAUUAUACGAUUUUUGUUGGAGACUUGGCGGCAGAUGUUACUGAUUAUUUGUUGCAAGAGACAUUCAAGAGCCAUUACACCUCAGUUAAGGGUGCCAAAGUUGUCACUGAUAGACUGACUGGGCGCUCCAAAGGCUAUGGAUUUGUCAAAUUUGGAGAUUUAAAUGAACAAACAAGAGCAAUGACCGAAAUGAAUGGAGUUUACUGUUCAACAAGACCCAUGCGGAUUGGUGCAGCUGCUAAUAAGAAGAGCUUGGGUACCCAACAACAGUAUUCCGCAAAUGCUUCCUUUCAGACUGGACAGGGUGACGAGUCUGAGUCUGAUCCAAAUAAUACAACGAUAUUUGUGGGUGGACUGGAUCCAAAUAUUACGGAUGAUCAUUUGCGCCAAGUGUUUAGCGCAUAUGGGGAAAUAGUCUAUGUAAAGAUACCUGUAGGCAAGCGUUGUGGAUUUGUUCAGUUCGCUAACAGGGCCAGUGCUGAGGAGGCUUUAAGGAUGUUAAAUGGGACCUUGUUGGGUGGUCAAAGCAUCCGGCUUUCAUGGGGUCGCAGUCCUGCAAACAAACAGCCACAACAAGAUCCCAACCAGUGGAAUGGUAGCUACUAUGGUUACACCCAAAGUUAUGAUACCUAUGGAUAUGCUCCGCCACAGGAUCCUAAUAUGUAUGCAUAUGCAACAUAUCCAGGAUAUGGGAACUAUCAGCAGCCGCAGCAGCAGGCACAACCACCACCUCAGUAAUUUUGCACUCCUGACGAGGUGUGGUGAAUGCUACUAUAUCCACAUACAAAUACCAAUAGUUGCUGGGAGCAUAUAAUAAUGCUUUGGUUGUUGUUCAUCUGUUGGAAAGGGGGCAGCCUUCACCUAGAUGUCAUAAUAUACCAAUAGGCUCGCUCUUGGUUUCUCUUUGGUUACAUGUAUGUGAACCCCCUUAGGAACUGCACUUUUGCACGCUAUUAUGUUGAGAUUGUGUUGCUAUUAUGCACGCUUGUGUUCGACUGUUUUCACUCUCUUAGUUUUGCCUAAUCUAAUUGUUUUAUGAUGAACGUUUUGCUUUCGUUUGGA